AAAAUGUCCAUGCAAACCAAAUGAAUUCAUGUGUGGAAAUGGUUACUGCAUUGACUCCAGGAGAAAGUGUGAUGGGUAUAAUGACUGUCAGGAUAGUUCAGAUGAGAGAGAUUGCCCUGGUAAAUGUACUAGUGACCAGUUUCAGUGUGGAGAUGGCCGUUGCAUUUCCAUUUCUGCUAGAUGUGACAAAACUUUUGAUUGCUCAGAUGGAUCUGAUGAAGCUGAAUGUCGUCCAGUUCUGUGUCGCUUUGAUCAGUACCGUUGUACAGAUGGCACAUGUUUGAACAUUGCUGAACGUUGUGAUGGGAAUGCAGACUGCCCUGAUGGAGAGGAUGAAGUCGGAUGUGGAAUAUGCUCAGAACAGGAAUUUCAGUGUAAAGAUGGAACAUGCCUAGAUUUUCGAAAACGUUGUGAUAGUAACAUUGACUGUGGAGAUGGUUCUGAUGAAGAAAGUUGUGGUGUUAUAUCUGCUUGUAAGCCUGGAGAUGUCAUCUGUCGAGAUGGUAGCUGUAUAAGUCAAAGCAAACGUUGUAAUGGCAUUCCUGAUUGCUCUGAUGGCAUAGAUGAAGAGAAAUGUGAUUCUUCAAGAUGUUCCCCUAGACAGUUUACAUGUAAAGAUGGUUCUUGUAUCGAUAUAAGGAGGCAUUGUGAUGGGAGGGUUGACUGUAAUGAUUUUUCUGAUGAGGUUGAUUGUGAAACGUCAAAAAGGUGUUCCUCUACACAGUUUAUGUGUAAUGAUGGUUCAUGUGUUGAUAGAAGAAAACAUUGUGAUGGUACAGUUGAUUGUAGAGACUUUUCUGAUGAAGUUGAUUGUGAUCCUUCAAAAAGAUGUUCUUCUACUCAGUUUACAUGUAAUGAUGGGUCUUGUAUUGAUAUAAGGAGACAUUGUGAUGGCAGGGUUGACUGUAAUGAUUUUUCUGAUGAAGUUGGUUGUGAUCCUUCAAAAAGAUGUUCUUCUACUCAGUUUACAUGUAAUGAUGGGUCUUGUAUUGAUAUAAGGAGACAUUGUGAUGGCAGGGUUGACUGUAAUGAUUUUUCUGAUGAAGUUGAUUGUGGUACUGCAAGAUGUUCCUCUACACAGUUUACAUGUAAUGAUGGUUCAUGUAUAGAUGAAAGAAAACAUUGUGAUGGUACAGUUGAUUGUAGAGAUUUUUCUGAUGAAGCUGAUUGUGAUUGUCAAGAGGGUCAGUUUCAGUGCGGUGAUAGAAGUUGUAUUGAUGAAAGACAGAAGUGUGAUGGUCGGUAUGACUGUAGAGAUUAUUCUGAUGAGUUAAACUGUGCUUGUCAACAGGAUCAGUUCCAAUGUGGAGAUGGAAGCUGUAUUGAUGAAAAACAAAAAUGUGAUGGUCGACAUGAUUGUAGAGACUAUUCUGAUGAGCAGAACUGUGUUGAAGAUUGUCAAGAAGAUCAGUUCACGUGUGGUGAUGGAACAUGUAUCAAUGAAAGACAAAAAUGUGAUGGACGAUAUGAUUGCAGAGAUUAUUCUGAUGAACAAAACUGUGUUGAAGACUGUCGAGAAGAUCAGUUCAGGUGUGGUGAUGGAACAUGUAUUGAUGAAAGACAAAAAUGUGAUGGUCAAUAUGAUUGCAGAGAUUAUUCUGAUGAACAAAACUGUGAGGUUGCAUGUCUUCCUGGCCAUUUUACAUGUAAAGAUGGGUCAUGCAUUGAUGGGCAAAAGCGUUGUGAUGGAAGAGUUGACUGUUUUGAUUUUUCUGAUGAAGUUAAUUGUGUUGAAGAUUGUCGAGAAGAUCAGUUCACGUGUGGUGAUGGAACAUGUAUCGACAAAAGACAAAAAUGUGAUGGACGAUAUGAUUGCAGAGAUUAUUCUGAUGAACAAAAUUGUGAGGUUGCAUGUCUUCCUGGCCAUUUUACAUGUAAAGAUGGGUCAUGCAUUGAUGGGCGAAAGCGUUGUGAUGGAAGAGUUGACUGUUUUGAUUUUUCUGAUGAAGUUAAUUGUGGUUGUAGUUCAUCUCAGUUCCAGUGUCCAAGUGGAAAGUGUAUAGAACUUCAUUCUAAAUGUGAUGGAAGGAUUGACUGUGACGAUGGUUCAGAUGAAGUAAACUGUGAUACCUGCUUACAUGGUCAGUAUACUUGUGCCAGUGGUCAAUGCAUUGACAGAAGUAAACGCUGUGAUGGUAAAUUUGACUGCUCAGACUAUUCAGAUGAGUCUGGAUGUGAACCUGUGGGUGAUGUCAACAUUCGUGUUUACCCUGAGAGACAGACCAUUCGUCAGGGUCGAGAGGUGGUGUUUAGGUGUCGAGAUGAAGGAUCUCGUCGUGGUCCAGUGGAGUGGAAACGUGCCGAACAGAAGCGGCUACCUCCAGGAAGUACUGACAAAAGAGGACGUUUGACUAUGCCAAAUAUCCAACCAGAGCAUAGUGGUUCAUACAUUUGCUCAGCUGUUGGUAUUUCAUCAGGAACACCUGGAGCCCAAAAAGUUGUUGUUCUUUCUGUGCAACCACCUGUACCUUUUUAUGGAGUGAAUCUUCCUCAAAUUGAUCCCAGUACUUAUCAAGUUGACUCUCCAUCAACUUCUACUCAACGACCACCUGGUUUCUGUAAACGUGACCAAGCUACUUGUCAAAAUGGUCAGUGCAUUCGUCGGGAUUUUGUAUGUGAUGGAGAUUAUGAUUGUACUGAUCGUUCUGAUGAAGUCAGAUGUGGGUAUGAGUUGCAGUGUGACCCUAACCAGUUUCAGUGUGAAAAUGAGCAUUGCGUGCUCAAAGUGUGGCGGUGUGAUGGUGAAGAUGACUGUGGAGAUAACAGUGAUGAGAAGAAUUGUGUACCAAACCCGCCUGGAUCCCCCUGUCGUUACGAUGAAUACCAGUGCUUGUCUGGUGAUCAGUGCAUCCCUAAAAGUUUUGAGUGCGAUGGAGAAUUUGACUGCCAGGAUAAAUCAGAUGAAAUUGGAUGUACUACUCCAACAAUUACUAAACCACCAUCUGAGUCUGUUAAUGUGGCAGAAGGAGACACUGUAACCAUUACUUGUACUGCUAUUGGCACACCUACACCAUUGAUAAAUUGGCGACUUAACUGGGGUCACAUCCCUCCACCUCCAAGAGUAACCACUAGUAGUGAGAAUGGACAUGGAAUCCUAACCAUAAAAAAUGUACAGAAGAGUGACCAGGGUGCCUGGAGCUGUGAAGCCAUUAACAGCAAAGGAAAUGUUCUGGCUGUUCCUGAUAGCAUUCUAGUUGUUAAAUCACAACAUGACAUUUGCACCCCUCCAAAGUUUAAUGAUGAUGCACAAAAACCAUCUGACUGCUUACAGUGUUUCUGUUUUGGAGUUGCAGACACCUGUUACAGUAGCAAUCUUCGUGCAACUGAGAUACCACUGCAAAGAGAAGUGAAUGUGGUUGCUCUGAAAAAAGAACCUGAUGAUAGCUAUAUAGAUGUUAGUCAUCACUAUCAACCUAAUGCAGGGGCCAUUCAAUACAACUCGGCCAACAACGAGUUCAGAAUUGGGGAGAACAUAAGGCAAGGAACUCCAGUUGAUAUUUAUCAUUAUUGGAGUUUACCACAAGAGUUUCUAAGAAACCAGCUAAACAGUUAUGGUGCUCAACUGAAAUAUGUUUUCCGUUACCGUACCCCACCUGUUCCACGCCCUCCAAGAGUAGCAGAUGUUAUUCUAAAGGGAAAUAACAUAACUCUUUAUCAUGUGUUGGGGAAAGCCUAUGGACCACAGCGAGAUAAUCAAGUAGAAAUUAAUUUCAGGGAGGAUGCAUGGUACAAGAAUGAAGCUCAGGCACGUAGGGAUUUGCCCAUUUCUGAUGUUACUACAAGGGAGGACAUAAUGAUGGUCUUGCAGAAUGUAGAGGCUAUCUGGAUCAGAGCCAGCUAUGAUGAAGAAUUGGUAGAAUCAAGCCUACUGAAUCUUGUCCUUGGAUCAGCAUCUCCUGGAGCUACAGGAAAUCCACAAGCAGUAUAUAUCGAAACGUGUUCCUGCCCUCAAGGUUAUACUGGUAAUUCUUGUGAGGUAAGUUAU